UGAUAUAACUUAAUAUUUAUUGCAGUCCAAACCAAUUUGAAAAAAAGUCUACACAUUAACUUUAACCAAUUUUAAAAAAAGAAACCUACAUAAUGUCUAUUUUAGAUUGAAGCAUGUAAGCUUUGAGUUUUUAACCCCUCAUCAACAAUUUAUCUACUUUUUUGCCCCUGCCAUUUGCUACAGAUCUCAUGUUUUUGCAGUGAAGUUACUGUCAUUAUAGUUUACUUAGGGUUGUGAUGUCUUGGGCUGUAUACUUAGGUUAGAUUCUCUAUUAGGAGCAAUGUUGCAAUAGUGCCACAAAGUGAAGCUAAAUUCCAAGGACAGUUUGUUUUGAUGGUACCUUGUAUGAGAGCACAGGAAACAAAAGAUGUACAGACAGUAUAAAAGGUAUUCGGUUUUAUUACCGGAUGGGUAAAAUAGAUUAAAGGAUGACCCCUCUGUGGGUCCUUACCACAUGGUAUAGGAAUGGAAAAGUAAAUUUGGACUGUGUUGUGUUUCGUGUGCUUAAUUAGGUCUCCUUAAAGAUUUGUAGGAGAGUUAGUGGCCUCACUGGAAAUACUGUCUUAAACUUGGGAUUUUUACUCUCUUUCUACAAAUAGUAGAAACCUGAAGCAGUGUCAGUUUUGAAAUGGGGAAGUCUGGAUUCUUACUGCAGGUAUCUUACUGCCAGGUUUUGUUGUUGAGAAGACGUCCUUUACAGUGCCAACUAAAAAUUUCUUGAUUACUAUUUCUUGUUUUUGGAUACUUGUAUGAAGUACUUCUCAAGCAUUCUUGAAGAAAUAUGUUCCCUCCGUUCUCCACUCUUUCUGCAAUUUUAAACAUAAAAAAAUUAUAGGUGAAACUGAAGUAAAGGGUUCAUAUUAAGUGUGUGUAUCUAUAGAACCAAAUCUUUUGAAAAAUUUUCUAUAUGCACCUUAACCAAUUUUCAUUCUGACACCCUUAGGUAAGCCUAUGGAAAAGAAAAUUUUCAGAGGAGAUGAGGAAACUAAGACCUUAGAGAGACUAAGUGAUUUAUCCAAAUCUCAAAGCAAGUAAGAAGUGCUAGAACUGGAGCCAAGAUCUUCUGAUUCAUUUUCAGGCUUUUCAGUCCAGUGUGUCAGGCUGUUGGAGCGAGGGAGCAAAGGUAAAGAAUGAUGUAAUGUACCGGCUGCCCCAAAGCAUCUUUUGUUGUGGGAUGGUUAUUUCAGUCAUCUCUUUAUGAAUCAAAUGUAAGGGGCUGCUUUGUGGAAGGAGUCCCUUGCAAGAGCACAUCAACGGGAAAGAGAAAGAGACAUUCACUUGGAGGACUCUUGCUGAAAAUGGGUUUAACUCUCCUUUUGCCAGUCACCACCAGCCUGACCUCAUACGUGUUAGUACAAUGGAGUGGCUGAGCCGUUGAGCACACCGUUACAUCAUCGUGGCAAAUUAAAGGAGGAGGUGGGAAAAGAAGACUUACUGUUGUCAUGGCCCAUGAGAUGAUUGGGACUCAGAUUGUUACUGAGAGGUUGGUGGCUCUGCUGGAAAGUGGAACAGAAAAAGUGCUGCUAAUUGAUAGCCGGCCAUUUGUGGAAUAUAAUACAUCCCACAUUUUGGAAGCCAUUAAUAUCAACUGCUCCAAGCUUAUGAAGCGAAGGUUGCAACAGGACAAAGUGUUGAUUACAGAACUCAUCCAGCAUUCAGCGAAACAUAAGGUCGACAUUGAUUGCAGUCAGAAGGUUGUAGUUUACGAUCAGAGCUCCCAGGAUGUUGACUCUCUGUCUUCAGACUGUUUUCUCACUGUACUUCUGGGUAAACUGGAGAAGAGCUUCAGCUCCGUUCACCUGCUUGCAGGUGGGUUUGCUGAGUUCUCCCGUUGUUUCCCUGGCCUCUGUGAAGGAAAAUCCACUCUAGUUCCUACCUGCAUUUCUCAGCCUUGCUUACCGGUUGCCAACACUGGGCCAACCCGAAUUCUUCCCAAUCUUUACCUUGGCUGCCAGCGAGAUGUCCUCAACAAGGAGCUGAUGCAACAGAAUGGGAUUGGUUAUGUGUUAAACGCCAGCAAUACCUGCCCAAAGCCUGACUUCAUCCCUGAGUCUCACUUCCUGCGAGUGCCUGUGAAUGAUAGCUUUUGUGAGAAAAUUUUGCCCUGGUUGGACAGAUCCGUAGAUUUCAUUGAAAAAGCAAAAGCCUCCAACGGCUGUGUCCUGGUGCACUGCCUGGCCGGCAUCUCUCGCUCCGCCACCAUCGCCAUUGCCUACAUCAUGAAGAGGAUGGACAUGUCCUUGGAUGAAGCUUACAGAUUUGUGAAAGAAAAAAGACCUACUAUAUCUCCAAACUUCAAUUUUCUGGGCCAACUCCUGGACUAUGAGAAGAAGAUUAAGAACCAGACUGGAGCAUCAGGGCCAAAGAGCAAACUCAAGCUGCUGCACCUGGAGAAGCCAAAUGAACCUGUCCCUGCAGUCUCAGAGGGUGGACAGAGAAGCGAGACAUCCCUCAGUCCACCCUGUGCCGACUCUGCUACCUCAGAGGCAGCAGGGCAGAGGCCUGUGCAUCCUGCCAGUGUGCCCAGCAUACAGCCAUCACUGCUAGAGGACAGCCCACUGGUACAGGCGCUCAACGGGCUCCACCUGUCCUCAGACAAGCUGGAAGACAGCAAUAAGCUCAAGCGUUCCUUCUCUCUGGAUAUCAAAUCCGUUUCGUACUCGGCCAGUAUGGCAGCAUCCUUGCAUGGUUUCCCCUCGUCAGAAGACUCUCUGGACUACUACAAACCUUCCACCACUCUGGAUGGGGCCAGCAAGCUAUGCCAGUUCUCCCCAGUUGAGGAAGUGUCAGAGCAGACUCCAGAAACCAGCCCCGAUAAGGAGGAAGCCAACAUCCCUAAGAAGCCACAGACUACCAGGCCUUCAGACAGCCAGAGCAAGCGGUUACAUUCAGUAAGAACCAGCAGUAGUGGUGCCACCCAGAGGUCCUUCUUAUCUCCAUUGCAUCGAAGUGGGAGCGUGGAAGACAACUACCACACCAACUUUCUCUUUGGCCUUUCCACCAGCCAGCAACACCUCGCGAAGUCUGCCGCUGGACUGGGCCUCAAGGGCUGGCACUCAGAUAUCUUGGCUCCCCAGACCUCCACCCCUUCUUUGACCAACAGCUGGUAUUUUGCCACGGAGUCCUCUCACUUCUACUCUGCCUCAGCCAUCUACGGAGGCAGUGCCAGUUACUCUGCCUACAGCUGCAGCCAGCUGCCCACGUGCAGUGACCAAGUCUAUUCCGUGCGCAGGCGGCAGAAGCCAAGUGACAGAGCUGACUCCCGGCGGAGCUGGCAUGAAGAGAGCCCCUUUGAAAAGCAGUUUAAACGCAGAAGCUGCCAGAUGGAAUUUGGAGAGAGCAUCAUGUCUGAGAAUAGGUCACGGGAAGAACUAGGGAAAGUGGGCAGCCAGUCUAGCUUCUCAGGCAGCAUGGAAAUCAUUGAGGUCUCCUGAGAAGGAGGACACUCGUGACUCUGUUGACAGUUUUUUUCUCAUUCACACAAAAAAAUAUUCCCUGUAAAUCUGAAAUAUAUAUAUAUAUGUACAUACAUAUAUAUUUUUGGAAAAUGGAGCUAUGGUGUAAAAGCAAAAGAUGGAUCAACACAGUUGUUCUCAACAUCUGCAUCUGAGAGACCAGCUAAUAUUUCUCUCGACAAAAGCGGAGGGCAGAUGCUAGAGUUCCCCGUAGACAGAACAGUUACACGCAGUGAAUUGCACAUCCUCUCGUUCUUACCGAGUCACGUUUUAUUUGGUGUUGGAGGGUAAAAUCCCCUCCCGUUUUCAUGUGCUACAGAGAUCUCAACUUCUAGUCUGUGUCCCGUCCUUCCGUAGUGCACCUUAGCGCUGAGACUGAGCCAGCUUGUGGGUCGGGUGGGUAGACCCUCCUAGGGACAGAACCUAAUGGCAAAUCCAAGAGAAAUGAUCACGUCCAAAGCUGAUUCAGAUCCAAGCUCACCGCACAGCCGAGUGACUCACGCAUCACUCUCCUGCUCAGACCAUUAGGGGCCUUGCCAAGAUCUACUUUAGAGCAAACCCAGUACCUCAGACAGAGUCGGGGCUUUCACCACUACCAUGUCUGGGAGCCCAUUUUCUCGGCAUUGUGAAUAGGUAGGUAGCUAGUCACACUCUUCAGACCAAUUCAAACUGUCUAUGCACAGACUUCCAGUCGGGCCUGGAUGGAGGCGGUUAGUAUUUUCUUUCUCAGCUUUAUGAAGAGAGAGAAGGGAAGCCCUCUAGGAUUCAGUGUGACAGCCAGGAAUCUGGCAGCAUAAUGAUUUAAGCUAAGUUGGGAGGCUGAACAAGUCUGCCUCCCUCUUUAUAAAUCAAAGAAUUGUUCAAAACGGGGUUGGUAAUCCUUUAAAUAAAGAUUAACUUGGUUU